GUGUAUGUUUACAGAUGAAUUGCUGCAGGUGGAUUUGUCGGAUGGAGACCGAUGCUUCUGAGGCUGAUCACAGAACAUUUACAUAUCAGUUAACUGAUGGAGUAAACUUGGCUGAUCUGCCACAGGAACUUAAAGCGCGUAUAUUUCGUCAUCUGACUGCUACAGAUCUCUGUCGUGUGGCAUUAUGUAAUCGAAUCUUGAGAGAAACGGCUAAUGACGAUGAUCUGUGGCACCGUCUUUGUCAAAGCCAAGGAUGGGAGCGCUACGGUACAAUGUCCGAUCUUUGCAAAGAACCUCCAUUUAAACCAACGUCAAAGGAGCACAAGACGGGCGAAGGGGGCGCGCCUACGUUCCCGGUCAAUGCUGUUGUGACCGGUUCAGACUGGCCUGGACUGGUGGAUACAUGUAAAUGGAAGGAAGUCUACAUGAAAGCGAGGCACCUGGAAGAAAACUGGAGGAACGAGCGCUUCUACACCACGUUAUUUGAUUUAAGCUUAAUCAACGACAAAGAAAACGUUUCUUCGUCUAAUAGUGAUAACUAUGCUUACCUUCAAUUGAUACUUAAUAUCGCUGUGGAAGGUGACUGUCUUGUUGCCGGUUCCUGGCACAGAACCUUAGAAGUGUGGGAUAUGUGCAGCAAGAAACGUCAGCACCUCAUCCAACUCGACAUCAGUGAAGAUUCAGAAGCCCUGAAGAUGAAGGAUGGCAUCGUAGCUGCGGGUUGUAAGGACGGUAAGAUUCGUACCUUCUCCGCCCAGACUGGAGAACAGCUGCAAGUCAUGUCAGGGCAUCGUCUGGCCGUGUCUCAACUCUUCUUCGAUGGAAAGACAAUCGUUAGUGUUGCUCAAAAGCAGCCUUCAUUAUGGGGUUAUGAUGAUAGCGUGGACGCAGACAGUGACAUACGAGUCUGGAGUGCAGCAAACGGUGCCUCUCGCUAUGUCUUACAGAGUGGCCACGAAGCGACAAGACUGCUUCACCUCGACUACAAGGAAAAGAUCGUAGCUGGUGCGUACAACGACAACAUAAUUCGCAUAUGGGAUGCACGCAGUGGUUCUUGCAUGCAGGAUAUUGCUUGUGGUAUGAACAAAUUGACUUCCUGCCAUCUAGGGGAUAGUAUUGUCAUCGGCGCAUCCAAAGAUUUCAUCGUGAAGAUCUGGGAACUGCAGUCUUGGGAAUGCAUCAAGACAUUUGAUGUACCUCUUCAUCGAGGGAUACAAUUAUCUUCUCCCUAUGAACAAGCAAAGUACAUGUAUAGUGAUGGGUUGCUCAUUGCUGUUACAUUACAUAAUGGGCUUUACAUUUUGAAUCUGAAUGGGGAACGACUCUUGAUUGAUGGUCGUGGUACAGUGCAACCUCUCUCCCUCAAGGGCAAUAAGCUGCUUACAUGGAGUAGUGAAGACGGAUGGUACGGCGGACUGUGGCUUUUCUACCCAAUGAAAAGCGCGGAUGGUAAGGCACAAGGCAGUUCGAAGACAGUACAAUACGUAGGGCAAACGCACGUCGCAUGUGCUUGGAUGAGCGAUACCAAAAUGGUCUAUCAGGGCAUGUAUGGCUUCCCUACGUAUGUUUCCGUCCGUCACUAUUGGUGAAAGAAUCAAGUCAUUCAAUUUGAGAGGAUAGCUGACUGAUGAUGACAUUCGGGAUGAUGAAGAUGUACAUUUUGUGAUUGUGAUGAUGGCUAUGACAUUUAUUGUAUAGCCUGCAUGUAUUUACCCACCGCUUGCAUAAUUAGGUCACGUCCAAAAGUCAGUUGGGAAAAUGGAAACGGUAGACGGUUUGAGUACAGUAUACAGAAACACAUAUUGAAUAUAGAGAACAUUCAACCUGGUGGUUUUUAAAAGGAGCUUUUUCCCAAAUUUUGAUGGGUGACUGAAUACAAAAAUACAUUCAAAAGUUACGCUGAAUAUUCGGGAAGUACAUUCAAUGCAUUGCCUAUGUUCCGUUCUUUAUUUCUGUUGAAAUCAAGAAUGGUAUUGGUUAUGAUGUUGAAAACGCUGUGUUCAUUGUAUAAUUAUAUUGAUGUAUAUCAUAGUUAGAGUCAUGGUGAGGGUCUUUACAGCAGU